AUGUCGUCAUACGCGGAUAAACUUCGCGAUAUUGUCAACACCACGCAUGUUGGUCUCGCACUGACUUUAUCCAAAGAUUUGGGAAUCUUGCAAGUUCUGCUCAAUGCCCAGAAACCGCUGACAUCACACGAGAUUGCUGCCGAGAGAGAUUUGAAGGAAAGAUACGCGCGAGAACUUCUAAAUAGUCUGGCCACAGCUGAGGUCAUCCACGCAUCGACCACUGACACGGGGAUAUUGUUGUAUCACCUGAAGGAAGAUGAGAAGGCUGCAUUCAGGACUCGUACAAUGGCAUAUAUAUCCUUCCCAAAGGGGAUGAUAAAAACCUUUGAUCAGGUCAAACUUGUAUUCAGUAAAACAGGACCACUUG